AUGACAAAGAGUAAUCAAACCAGCAUCUCAGCAUUCAUCCUCCUGGGCCUGCCCAUCCAGUCUGAGCACCGAUACCUGUUCUAUGCCCUGCUCCUGACCAUGUACCUAACCACAGUCCUAGGCAAUCUUCUGAUCAUCAUUCUCAUUCAAUUGGAUUCCCAUCUACACACGCCCAUGUACUAUUUUCUCAGUAAUUUGUCCUUCUCUGACCUCUGCUUUUCUUCUGUGACCAUUCCUAAACUGUUACAGAACAUGCAGAGCCAAGUGCCAUCCAUCCCCUACGCAGAUUGCCUGACCCAAAUGUACUUCUUUUUGUUUUUUGGAGAUCUUGAGAGCUUUCUUCUUGUGACCAUGGCCUAUGACCGAUAUGCAGCUAUCUGUUUUCCUUUGCACUAUACCAGUAUCAUGAGCCCCAAGCUGUGCUUAUGUCUGAUAGUGCUGUGCUGGGUCCUGACCACAUUCCAUGCCAUGUUGCACACUUUACUCAUGGCCAGAUUGUCAUUUUGUGAGGACAACAUGAUACUCCACUUUUUCUGUGAUAUGUCUGCUCUUCUAAAGCUGGCCUGCUCAGACACUUAUGUCAAUGAGUUGGUAAUAUUGAUCACAGGAAGUAUCAUUCUAUUCAUUCCAUUUGUACUCAUUAUUGUGUCCUAUGCACGAAUUGUCUCCUCAAUUCUCAAGGUUCCUUCUGCUCAAGGUGUCUAUAAAGCCUUCUCCACCUGUGGCUCUCAUCUGUCUGUGGUAUCAUUGUUCUAUGGGACGGUCAUUAGUCUCUAUUUAUGUCCAUCAGCUAACAGUUCUGCUGUGAAGGAGAUGGUCAUGGCUUUGAUGUACACAGUGGUGACUCCAAUGCUGAACCCCUUCAUCUACAGCUUGAGGAAUAGAGACAUCAAGGGGGCUCUUGGAAGAGUCAUUUGUAAGAGGAAAAUCUCAUUCUGGCUGUGA